UCUACACAAUCCACUGCAAAUUGUUUCUUGCUGUCUGCGAACAUGGCGAUGCUGCAACCACGACAGCCCACACCAGCCGCGUCUUAGUUAAUUUCUUUAUGCAUCACUCUGCUUGAUCCAUUCAUCCUAGCUGGUGUCUUACACGCCACAAUGCCGUCGUCACCAUCUUCUCGGUCCCCGGAGAUCAUGAGCGUCUCGUCUGAUUCCGAGGAAUCCGCGCCUGUGAUCGGCGGUGGCGGGUUCAUCGUGCAGCUGGUCUCGAGGGAUGUCUCCGACGAGCUCCUCGGCAAGUUCGCGGACACCAGCGAGUUCGACUUCGACUACGACCGGAGCGGCCUCUGGUCGCCGCUGGUGCUGCGGCCCGAGGUCCUGCUCCUCGCGCACGCGCAGGCGUCGUCCCGGCGACGGCACCGGCGGUGGCGAUGGCGGAAGCGCAGGAAGAUGCUCUGCUGCUGCUUCUGA